CCGGAUUAGUGUGCGAUUCAGCAGCCCUCGCAAUUAGAUUGGCUCGGUCCCUAGGAGAACCGAAGAGAGGCAGCACUGUGUUGCGCUGUUUACAUGAUUCAAGAGCCACAGCACUUAUCUGGAAUGGUUACUUUUUGGUUCUAUCCACGUAAUGCAUAAUGCCACGUCUGUUGGUUUCGUAUUGACCUUCAUUUUGUGCGUAGACGCGUUUAAAAGUUAAAGCUCGCCAGCGGUUUACUGCAGAGGGUCUACAUUUUAGUGCGGGACUCGAAAGCACUGCCCUGGACUGCUGCAUACUCCCUCGGAUAUGCCGACGUGCGUUUUAAAGAUAUAGGCUAAGCAGCCGGAAUAGAGUUUUGCAGUAGCCUUUUUUUGAGCAUCUGUCCCAACAUGGUCUUGUAAAUCUUAAAAGAAGCAAUAGGCGACAGAGCAGCGAUGGCAAAGUUCCGCAGGUGUACUUGUUUCGUUGCCUGUGGUUGACUGAUGUCUCCAAUAUGCUGGAGAAUGAAGCGGACUCCAUGUGACAGAGAAGAAGAAACAGCCCAUGACUGUCAUGUGUCAUGCGUCACGCUCACUCUCUUGCAUCCUACCCUGAGGCUGGAGGCACCGUAAGAUCUAGAGGCUGGCAGUAAAGAGUCCAGCAGCAUGGAAGACAGUAAACUCAUUUUGUCCCUUGAUUGUGAUGAAGAAGGCCCCUCUGUAUCCUUCACCAAGGAGAGACCGUGUGGCACAGCCUCAGGCACUGGCCAGCGUCCCCAUGCCUUCCGUGUGCCUCUUUCCCCCUCCAGCCCCGGCUCCCUGGCUGAUCUGUCGGUCACUACGCCAGGUCUCCGGCCCAACCUGGUGAAGUCCUCUUCCUCAGACAUAGGGAUGUCUAGAGAGGCUCAGGGGGCCAUUCGCACCAAGCCUCUGCUCAGCCAGGUCAAAUCCCUCUCCGCUGAGAUGUCCCACCGUGACUCUGAGCCCCCUGCUCUGUCCAAGUCGGACUCCAAGCUCCACCACACCCAGCCCUGGAGGCAGCUUAUCCUCAGCCAACAGCCCCCCAGAGGUCUGCAGUCAGACACAGCCACUGCAGGGGACCCCUUGUGGCAGACGGAGGGCCCCCACUCCCCUGUUCCACUCCUCUCGCCCACAGAGGCCGGUGGCAUGAGCAACUCCAUCAGAGCCGAGCUGGAAGACACUCGUCGCAAGUUCUCAGAGGCCAUGCAAGAGCCACUGAGCAUGUUCAGUAAGAUGAUGGGAGAUGAGGGCAGCCCCAAGCAGAAGACUGGUGACUCGCCCAGCUCCCAGAGCAGUGCUGGGGGGGCAAACAUUCCAAUGAGGGCCGAUGACGCAGGUGGAAGACAGAAGGAGGCAGGGAGUGGGAGCCCAAUAGCAGUGUGGGAUACUCCAUGUAGAAAACCCAGGACCGCCCUGGUGGACCCCAGCCAGUCCCCAGAGCUCUGCAGCAACAGCAGCAGCACACAGCUGGGUGGCAAAGACAGCCGCUAUGAAAUCUGCACCUUUGGAGAUGUCAUACAGGUGGUGGAAGUCCAGAGGAGGUCCAAAGCAGGUAGCAGCAUUAAGCAGCCCCAACCCCAACCCCGGCCCGAGUCCCUGACUCAGCCUCGGCCCCAGCCAUCCCUGGUCGCCCCACGGCACCUCUCCACAAAGCCCUUCCGUUGGCUCUUCUGUGUUGGACUCCUGGCAUACACCUUCUUUGUGGUACCGCUGCCCUCCUACUUAACCGGGCUGUCCCUUGGGAUAGCCUGUGGGUUCAUGAUGGGCCUAGGGGCAGUGAUGUUCCUGGCUCCAAAACGGCCAGUCAGACGGCCGCUGGUGCCUCGGCGAGCCCCACCUUCACCCGAUGACAGCAUGCCCACAGAGUCCUUCAGCAAGACCCACACCGAUCAUGGGCAUUUACAGGGUUGGAUGAAUGCAAUGGAUGCCUACGACCCAGAGACAUAUCACCCAUCGCUCACCCACUCUGUAUACGCCACACUGGAGGGCUCUUGUCUGAGUUUGUCCUACCCUCGCACCAACAUCCCCCGUUGGGCAAGCUUCAACGAGCCCGACCAUGAGGCAGUGUUCACUCACACACGCAGAUUCCAGCUGGCCAACAGCAAGGUCUUUCUGUUGCCCUCCGCCUUGGCACGCAAGCGAAUAUGGAACAAGAAAUAUCCCAUCUGCAUUGUCUUGGCUGGGGGAGAGGAGGGCAGGGAGGAGGGGAUGGACAGAGACGCCAUGGAGGAAGAGGAGAAAGGAGAUAAGUAUCCUCUUCUCUCUGACUCUGAGUGUGAUCUCCCCACCACACUCUACCUCUUUGGUCGGACAGGAAGAGAUAAGGAAGAAUGGUUUCAGCACUUCCUGUCGGUGUCCAAAGGAGACGUCCAGGCCAAGCUCUGUCAGGAUGAGUCACAGACUGAGGUAUGCAGUGCUGGUGGAUCGAGCGAGGGCAGCACCGAGGAGCUGGCCUCCAUGCUGGGCCAGAAGGAGGCCAUAGGUGCCAUGAGAGAGAAGGUUCUGCUGGACUAUGACUCCUACAUGGCCCACUUCGUGUGCCGGAGUGGCAGCCCCACACCCAGCCCCAGCCACAGUGGCUCAGGAAGCCCUCUGAUCAAGAACAGGUUCUCCAGUGAUCCUGCUCUGGGUUCUGGCGAAGAGGAGCCAGCCUGGGUCAAUGCCAUCCUGGGGAGGAUAUUCUGGGACUUCCUAAGGGAGCGCUACUGGGCCGACCUGGUCUCCCACAAGAUCCAAAAGAAGCUCACCAAGAUCAGGUUGCCGUACUUCAUGAACGAGCUCACACUGGCUGAGCUGGACAUGGGGACCUGCAUGCCUCAGGUAUUGAGCACCUCCAAGCCAUCAGUGGAUCGCAGGGGCCUGUGGCUUGAGUUGGAGGUAGUCUACACUGGCUCUCUGCAAAUGACCUUGGAAACCAAGAUGGACCUGUGCAAGCUUGGCAGAGAGAGUGUGUGUGAGGCAGACUGCAUCCCAGAGACGCGUCAUUUGAGCUCUAAGCCCAGGCUGUCUGUGUUAGCCGACAGCGAUGAGGAGUCCUCCAGUGCUGGAUCCUCUGACGAGGAGGAAGUCAUGCCAGCUGAUCCCCAGGGCCCUCUGGGAGAUAAGGGCACCCCCCCAGGUGCUGACGGCCAUGCUGGGGGAAGCACGGGCAGAAAGUUCCUGCGCUUCGUGGAUAUGAUUGCCAAAUCCAAAUACUUCCAGAAGGCCACUGAAAAUGAGUAUAUCAAGAAGAAGAUCACGGAGGUCUCCAACAUGCCGCUGGUCCUCACGGUGGAGGUCCAGGAACUGUCAGGAACCCUGGCUGUCAACAUUCCUCCUCCCCCUACUGAUCGAAUAUGGUAUAGUUUCCGUGUGCCUCCCCGAUUAGACCUGCGUGUGCGUCCGAUGCUGGGGGAGAGAGAGGUCACCUUCACACAUGUCACUGACUGGAUUGAGAGGAAGCUACAGUGUGAAUUUCAGAAAGUCUUCGUCAUGCCAAACAUGGAUGACCUCUACUUGCCACUCAUGACUCCCGCAGUGGACAACCCUCCAGCAUCCCACGAUUCCCCAUCCCAGUACUCCCAGAGGUCAUCGGUGGACCUGCACGGAAGCAGGGAGGACAGCUUCGGCUCUGAGUGAGACGGACAUACGAGUACAGAUUUAAAAAGAAGCAGCCAACGCCUUCGGCUGAGGCACCAUGUUUUGCAGGGCUGUGCUGAGACCUGCGGGCCAAAGGGCUUUGACUUGACGAGCUGAGGCACCAUGUAUGCAGGGCUGUGCUGAGACCUGCGGGCCAAAGGGCUUUGACUUGACCAGCAUGACUGACAACCGCCAGUGUCCUGUUGUCACAUCACAUCCAGCAGUGGAUGGUUGACUCAACAGAGCCGUGUUCUGCAUAUGAAACACACUUAGAAUAGAAGUCACUACCAGUCAAAUGAAGCUUAAAUGGUUGGUUUAUUAAGACUGCCUGGCAUGGCCUCCUCAAGGACAGAAUCUCUCUUUGGUUCAUUUAAAUCAGUCAGGAAAGGUUGUGUCCUGUGUCCAGUAGAGGGCAGUGAAAAGCACCUUUAUUUUCUGUUUGCCCUCUUGGUUUCAUUGAGAUGCAAGAGCAGCUUGCAGUAUUCUUUGCAUGUAAUGUCCCAGACGAAAUGUUAAUAACAUGUAAUGCACUUUCUGGGAUGUAUCUUGUUAUUGAUUAUGCUCAAUAAAUUAUUUUCCUUUUCAA